CAAAAGGAAGUCAUCGAAUGAAGCAUUAUUUGGUUGGAGUCAUAGAUUUAAGAGUCGGUGCAGAGUUGUUGGAAUAAAUACACUUAUCUAAAUAAAGCCAGUGCGCGUAGACUAUUAUUUCUGAACUUGGCUGAUACACUGCCGUGUCUUGAUACUUGAGAAUUACUAAUUAGGUGCAUUCUUAAGAAUGAGGAGAUCUUGAAAUAAUGUAUUAUGUAUGUACCUAGGUACUAUAGAUUGCAGAUGCGUCGUCUAAUUUUUUCUGACCUUCGCGGUAACAUUUCCGUGUCUAGAUACUAAGUAUCCUUUUGAUUGAGGAUUUUAACUGAAUGAAGUGGGUUGAUCUUCGUUAUAGUACAACACUAAUGGUAUAUUACGUUCUAUUAUCAAUCAAUCAUAUGUCUUCUAUUACCUUAUUUAAAUAGUAAAGGUUUACAAAGCAAUCCUUUAAAAGGCAUAGUGUAUUUAAAAAAAUCUGAGUCCAAGUUAGCUCUCCAAUAUGAUAGUUCCCAACUAUUGUGCAGGAUUUUUGGUUCUCGUGUUAUAUUUUAUUCAUUUACCAUCAAAUUAUGCGGUAAGAAUUGCAUUUUUCAUGCAGCUUUAGUUUAUUCAGUUAGUCUCUGUCUACAGUAACUUGUUUUUAUUGUAUAAAUGGGUUGAUUUUCGAUUACUGAUUUUUAAAUGCUCUUAGAUGACUAGACAGCAGCUGAAAAAUUCCGGGAAACUCAUGAAAAAAUCGUGCAUGCCGAAGAACGAAGUGACCGAAGAACAAAUUGGACAAAUUGAGCAAGGGAAAUUCAUAGAAGAACGAAACGUAAUGUGUUACGUGGCCUGUGUAUAUUCUAUGACACAAGUGGUAAAAAACAAUAAACUAAAUCACGAGGCUAUAAUUAAGCAAGUAGAUAUGAUGUUUCCGCCUGAUAUGAGGGAUGCGGUGAAGGUUGCCGUGGAAAAUUGCAAGGACAUAGGCAAGAAAUAUAAAGAUAUAUGCGAGGCUUCGUAUUGGACCGCCAAAUGUAUGUAUGAUUAUGAUCCAAAGAAUUUUGUAUUCCCUUAAAAUUUCAAUUAAAAUACUUAAUAUUUUA